CUUUCACUGAAUUUAGGCUGCUGAAGUAGUUGAGAGAAAGAAGUUGGAAAAGUAUAAAAAAAUGAAAGAUGACAUGGAUGAAAUUUCCAGCCUCCUUCAAGGAGAUUUACUUUCUGAAAACCCUGAACAAGCAGUCAGUUCCUUUGGUAGACAUCGUGUGAUCACAGAUCGAUGGAAGGGAAUGAAUCAGGAGCAGCUGAUGGCAAUCCGUUACUCUCAACAGCAACAAGUUCUGGAGAAACUGGGACUGAAAGAGGAAGAACGCCAAAGAGAUGCUGAAUGGGACAGGCAAAGCAUACAGGCUGCAAGAGCGCAGUUGAUUUUAGAGCGGCAUCAACAGCGACAGGAUCGUGAGCGCCGCCAAGCUUUAGAUAACAUAAACGCAGAGCUAUCUCAGGAGCAGAAAUCAAAAAACAUUUAUCUUAAAGAAGAAGAAUAUUCAAAUUUCCCAACAGGCCAGUAUUACGCGCAGUUUAAUACAACCAGCCGAUGACAUUGUGAAUAAAUCAACCUGAAAUAUAUGGAAGUAUGUAGUCAUAUUAAAUUUUU